AUGUCUGAACGAAAAGUGCUCACCAAGUACUACCCACCAGACUUCGACCCCUCGAAGAUCACGCGUCAACGCGGUCCCAAGAAUGCCGGUCCCAAGCUGAUGACGGUCCGUCUCAUGGCCCCCUUCUCCAUGAAGUGCACCCACUGCGGCGAGUUCAUCUACAAAGGGCGCAAGUUCAACGCGCGCAAAGAGACGACGGAUGAAAAGUACUACAACAUUGCCAUAUUCCGCUUCUACAUCCGAUGCACGCGAUGCUCCGGCGAGAUCACCUUCAAGACCGACCCCAAGAACAUGGACUACGAAUGCGAGCGCGGCGCAAAGAGAAACUUCGAGCCAUGGAGGGAGGCCAAGCUAAACGAAGAGACCGAAGAAGAGCGCUUAGAUCGCAUAGAGAGGGAGGAAGCGGAGCGCGAUGCGAUGAAGGAACUCGAAUCAAAAGUCCACGAUGCGAAGACAGAGAUGGCCAUCGCAGAUGCUCUAGACGAGAUCCGGUCGAGAAACGCUAGACUGGAGAAGGCAAACCGCGAAGGCAAAAGAACCGAUGUCCCGCCCGAUGCGGUCGACGAGCGACGGAAGAAGCAAGAGGAAGAAGAUGCAGAGGCUGCACGACAAGCCUUCUCAAACCGGAGCAUGCCUGAUAUCGGCGAGGAGACAAUCGAUGAAGAUAUGUUCGAUGCACCUGUCCAAGUACCUGUGGUCACAACCUUCACCAAGAAGUCAAAGGAAAAGAAGGACUUCAGCGCCGCAUUAGGCAUCAAGAAGAAGACGCCUGCAUCGGAUCCAGCGCCCCAGACGAAAGCUGCUGCGCCACCCUCAAAACUAUCCACCAUGCUUGUAGCUGGUUACGACAGCGAUGAUGACUGA